AUGGGGCCUGAGGGUGAAGAGGCCCUGUGCAGCUGCCCUGGUGACCACCUGCAGGUGGCACUUCGAAUCUGCCCGCUCAGUGACGCAGAACUGGAGGAGGGAGCCGUGGUCAUCGCCCACAAAGUGGGGGACCAGAUGGUGGUGCUCAUGGACCCCGGCGAGGACCCUGAGGACGUGGCACGCACACACCGGUCCCGGGAGCGGACCUUCAUCUUCGACAGGGUGUUUGACCAGCAUGCAUCUCAGGAAGAUGUGUAUGGUGCCACCAUCCAGCAUUUGGUGGAAGGCGUCAUCUCUGGGUACAACGCGACGGUGUUUGCCUACGGCCCCUCAGGUGCGGGGAAGACCCACACCAUGCUGGGUGUGGACGCGGAGCCUGGCAUCUACCUGCAGACCCUCACUGACCUCUUCCAGGCCAUUGAGGAGACCCGGGACACCACGGACUAUAGCGUGUCCAUGUCUUACCUCGAGAUUUACAACGAAGUGAUCCGGGACCUCCUGAACCCAUCCUCGGAAUUUCUGGACCUCAGGGAAGAUUCCAGGGGCAGCAUCCAGAUUUCAGGCAUCACGGAGGUCUCCACCUCAAAUGCACACGAGAUCAUGCAGCUCCUCACCAAAGGCAACCGGCAGCGCACUCAGGAGCCCACGGCCACCAACAAGACAUCGUCCCGCUCCCACGCUGUGCUGCAGGUCACCGUGCAACAGCGGAGCCGCAGCACAGACUUGGCGGAGGAGGUGCACGUGGGGAGGCUCUUCAUGGUGGACCUGGCAGGCUCGGAGCGGGCAUCCCAGACGCAAAACCGAGGCAAGAGGAUGAAGGAGGGCGCGCACAUCAACCGCUCGCUGCUGGCCCUGAGCAACUGCAUCAACGCGCUCAGCGAGAACGGCUGCAGCCGGGCGCAGUACGUGAACUUCCGGGACAGCAAGCUUACGCGCCUGCUGAAGGAUGCCCUGGGCGGGAAUAGCCGCACAGUGAUGAUUGCUCACAUCAGCCCAGCCAGCACCUGCUUUGAGGAGUCUCGGAAUACACUGCUGUACGCCUACAGGGCCAAGAACAUCAAGACCAGGGUGAAGCGCAACCUGCUGAACGUCUCCUACCGCAUCGCGCAGUACACGGAGGUUAUCUCCGACCUGCGCAGGGAGAUCAAGCACCUUAAAUUAAAAAUUGAGAAGCAAGAAAAGGAGAAGAAAAGUGAAGCCGGCAUCCGGGACGCCCGAGUCCCAAAGCUGUCCCAUGAUACAGAGGAGGACAGCCAUGUACAGAUGAACAAGAUCCGGGCACAGCUCAUCGGGGCCUUCAAGGAGCAGAUGGAGAUGGGGCACAGCCUGGUGGAGCUGGAGAACACCAACAUCGAACUGCACAUGGACGUGUCCCGCCACCUGCUGACCAUUGCAGACUGGGAGCGGGAGAAGACCCAGCCUCGCACCCACAGGGACAGGGGUAAGCUGGAGAAGGACGAGGAACCAGCGGAGGCUGAUGCCGACGGGGAUGAGGACGAGGCCUCAGAGCCGCACGAGGUGGCACUGGCCAGAGAGGAGGUCAACCUGCUGUUAGCCGAGCAGCGGAAGACUGCGGCGCUCAAGACCGGGCUGGAGCAGCGCCUGGCCCACGCCAAGAGGAAGGCCUCACAGAUGGAGAGGCUGCUGCCCAGGCAGGUCACCAACGAGGACCAGCGGGAGGUGCUGCGGCUGCUGUGCAGGGCGCACGAGCUGGAGGUGGAGAACACGGAGCUACAGGCCGACAACCUGUGCCACAAGAACCUGCUGUGCCAGAAGGACUUCGUGAUCCAGCGCUACCACCAACACCGGCUGCUGUGCGAGCAGCUGAUCCAGGAGCAGCGGCAGCUGAUCCAGGACAGUGGCCUCCUGGUGCCAGAGCCCCUGGAGAAGCGGUUCUGCCUGUACUCCCAGGAGCUGGCUGAGGGUGCCCUGACCCGCCUGCUGCUGCUGCACUCGCUCAUGUCCAGCUCCCUCCAGGACGGUUCUAUUCUGAAUCUAUCUCCUGCACCGGAGGAGUCCAGCCGAGACCAGCCAGAUGACAGGAAGGACCUGCCAUGGGGAGCCCAGUUUGAGCUACCUCCAGUGUUCCUGGAGAGGGACAGUGAGGGUUACAAGUCGUCAAAAGCCACACUGUCAAGAAAACCGGGAAAGCCAGACUCUCUUCUCCCUCUGCCCUCUGUCCGCAUCCUGCUAACUCCACCAAUUCACGAGAAGCCGAGUGCCCUGAGCAUGAAGAGUCUGGUCUCCAAGCUGUACCCCUCGGGCCUGGAGCCAAGCACCUCGAGGCUGGCUGAGGAGGCUGGUGGCCCUGCCCUGAGUGCUCAGGCCCUCCAGGAGAUGGCCAAGGGCACCAAGAGCAUCGCCCUCAUCGCGGCCACUCGGCGCUCCAAGGCACACGACCGGGACGGCAGCAGCGGCCGCUCCUCCUGCCACCUCCUGGAGGAAACGGCCCUGGACUCCAGGGACCUGAAGUCAAGCACCACCCCAGACCCCAGCCUGGCAGACAGAAGGUGGCCCCAUGCCGGCCCAUGCAGGGACCGCUCCAUGGAGAGGAAGGCCAGGAAGAAGCGGUCACCCUCCCUCCCUGGGAGCGUGCAGCUGGUGAGGCAGAAGCUGCCUUCCCCCUGCAGGGAGCAUUUGGUGGAGUGUCAGCCGCCCCCAGCACUCCUUCGGCCAUCAAAGUCAUCAGGAAAGAGCUUUCUCCCUGCUGUCCCUGCAGCCUCCAAGAUAAAACCCAGCCUCAGUUUCCAUGCAGAUGAGAACACUCUCCAUGUGCCUGAAGUCAGCUUCACCUUCCCCAGCGCCAUGUGGCAGAGCAGUGCAAGCCCAAGCAGGGUGCCCCUCCUGCCCCGGGACAUCCGAGGGUCCACAGACAGUGGAGGCCAAUGCCACAGCCCACUGCCACCUGGCCACCCCUACAAAUGCCAGGGUGGCAGCACCAAGAAGCCAAGAAGACCAAAAUAGAUGGCGGUGGCAUCAGGCAGCGCCAGCCACGGGGAAGACCAGAGCACCGGUCCCUGGCACAGGAUCUCUUCUUAGCCCUGAAGCUGGAUGUGUGAGAUGGUGGACUCUCUUGGCAGGGACACUUUGGGGGCAGCACCCCGCAGCCCAGCUUCCCACAGCCCUUGCACCAGAGCCAGUGGCUGCCUCCUUGCAGGAAAACAGCCGUGUGUGGAGUGUGGGGGCCCUUCCCAAGGACCUUUUUGAGGUCACUCUCAAUUGCAGAUGCUUUUCCUGGGA